AUGUCCGAGCCAAGCCUGACGGCCAAGUGCACUGCGGAGUUCGUGGGAACCUUCCUGCUGAUCUUCACAGUGGGUUGCAAUGUCCUGGGUGGCAGCCCGACAUGGGCUGGAAUUUCCAUUGCUUUCGUCCUCAUGGUGUGUAUCUAUGCUCUUGGGGGCAUCUCAGGUGCCAACUUCAACCCGGCUGUUUCCGUGACCUUGGGCAUUUCCAAGGCCCUUGGUGGACCUGGUUUUGACUGGAAGCAGGUUGGCAUCUACUCUGCGGUUCAAUGUGCUGGGGGUAUCUCAGCAGCCUUGUGCUACUUCUUGCUCUUCGGCCAAAGUUUCAACUUGGCACCAGCCAAGGGCUUCUCGUGGUACCAUGCAGGCCUUUGCGAGUUGCUGUAUACCUUCAUGCUGACAUUUGUGGUGAUGAAUGUGGCAGCUGCCCAGAAGAACGCAACGGAGAAGAACCAGUACUACGGUAUGGCCAUUGCAUUCACAGUGGUUGCAGGUGCCUACGGCGCGGGUGCUGUGUCCGGUGGCUGCUUCAACCCGGCAGUUGCCCUUGGCAUUGACAUCUCCAGUGCAGGAGUGGGCUUUGGUUGGAGCAUUGUCUACAUUGUCUUUGAGCUGCUUGGUGCUGCCAUGGCUGCCGCAUUCUUCAAGGUGGUGCGCCCUGAAGAUUUCGGUGGAGAGAAGUCGCAGAUCACAGAGCUUGUGAGCGAGUUCCUGGGCACCUACAUGUUGGUGCUCACUGUGGGACUGAACGUGUUGGGCAAGUCCAAAGCUGCCGCCUUCUCCAUUGCUGCCGGCCUCACUUCGAUGAUUUGCGCCCUUGGCGAUGUGAGCGGUGCCCACUUCAAUCCUGCGGUGACCGUGGCCAUUUUGGCAUCUGGCCGUUGCCCU